GGUUGUUUUCUGAGUAUGGAGGAGAAUGGAGGACGGUGCAAAUAAUGAUGAUGCUGGUGACCCAGCAAAUACAGAAAAUUCCAUUUGUGCCGGGUGCCUAAAUGUUCUUGAUGAAGAUGAAGUUAUUCAGGCAUUAAACCAAGAGUGGCAUGUUGAAUGCUUUCGCUGUUCAGCAUGUGAUGCAGCACUCUCCAGUUGGUAUUUUGAGAAAGAUGGGCUGCUAUUUUGCAAGGAUGACUACUAUGCAAAAUAUGUGGAGUCAUGUCAGGAUUGUGGACAGGUGAUUACUGGACCUGUAAUGGUUGCUGGUGAUCACAAAUUUCACCCAGAAUGCUUUUGCUGUACAUCAUGUGGAAGUUUCAUUGGCGAUGGAGAGUCAUAUGCACUUGUGGAGCGCUCCAAGCUCUAUUGUGGUCAGUGCUACAAACGCCAGAUGCAACCUCUUACAAAGACUGUUGGUGGUAUGUCAAAUACACGAAAACCGCAUUCGAUACGCCUGGUAGAGAUACCACCUUUGAAUGAUGGACAGCGAAGUAUUAAACUUAGUGCUGAAGGAGGUCGUGGUAUUCCAGUUGUUCACUCUGAACCAUAUGGAUGCCGUGGAUUACGGAUCUCAGAGAUACUGAGUAUAGUUCAUGGCAAAGUUGGCAAGUUGGCUGUAUCACUUCUUGAGGCAGCCUUUAGAUUAUGCUGCCAUCUAUCACGUUAUAGGCUGGACAUGAGCAGUGAUUUGAUGUCCCUUCACAUUGGAGAUAGAAUAUUGGAAGUAAAUGGAACUCCAGUGAAGGACCAGCCAAUUGAAAAUAUAGAAAACCUGAUUCGUUAUUCAGACACUGUGCUCCAGCUGACAAUAGAACAUGACCCAGAUGCUUCUUGCCGACGCCGUCCAAGUGUAGCUGCCUCACCACCUUCUUCGCGGCCUCCAGAUGGACGCCUUUACAGACGUAAAGAUGAGGGUUACAUGAGUGGAUCCAGAUCUCGUGCACUGCGGCGUAGCCGGGGGAGUGGUAGUAGCAGUAGCAAGGAACGAUCCUCAUCAAUGUCAAGACUGCUUGAAGGCAGUUCACCACCAUCUGGCCGUGAAAGCUGUGAUCUGUCACGAACUCGAUCAUUUCGUGUGGAACCCAAAAGUCAGCGCAUUUUCCGUGCCUCUGACUUAGUGAAGGGUGAAUUAUUGGGGAAAGGAUUCUUUGGCCAAGUGUACAAAGUUACCCACCGCGCAACAAAUGAAGUCAUGGUACUGAAAGAAUUAUACAGAGUGGAUGAAGAUGCACAGAAGAAUUUUCUCAAAGAGGUGGCGGUACUUCGUAGUCUGCAUCAUCAUAAUGUGCUGCGCUUCAUUGGAGUGUUGUACAAAGACAAGCGUUUGCACCUGGUCACUGAAUUCAUCUCGGGGGGCACGCUACGAGAGCUAUUGCAUGACAUAUCUGAACCAUUACCAUGGGAACAGAGAGCAUCAUUUGCAAAGGACAUUGCUGCUGGCAUGGCGUACUUGCAUUCCAUGAACAUCAUCCACCGUGAUUUAAACUCUCACAACUGCCUUGUUAGAGAGGACAAGACGGUUGUUGUGGCUGAUUUUGGGCUAGCACGUAUAAUCUCCCAGAAUCCUGUGGGUGUGAGUGCUGCAGAUCGAAGGCGUUAUGGAAAACGAGGAACUGGUCCAGGAAGCAGACGCUGUGAAAGGAAAAAACGUUACACAGUUGUAGGAAACCCUUACUGGAUGGCACCAGAAAUGAUGAAGGGCAACAAAUAUGAUGAAAAAGUUGAUAUAUUUUCCUUUGGGAUUGUGCUAUGUGAGAUAAUUGGUAGAGUUCAUGCUGAUCCAGACUACUUGCCACGCUCAUCAGACUUUGGCCUGAAUCAAAAGGUGUUCCGUGAGAAGUUCUGCUGCAGUUGCCCUGAGCCUUUCUAUCGGGUAGCCUUCCUUUGCUGUGAUCUCAACCCAGAUAAAAGGCCUCCAUUUGAGGUUAUGGAGGUUUGGUUGGAAGGACUAGCAAUGCACCUUUCAGUAGAUAAACCACUGCCAAAGGAUCUUGAGUUCGAUAUAUUUAAUUAUACGGGUCGGAGUCCUAGCUCAUCUGAGUCAACAACACCGGAAGCACUGACCCCAUCAGCAAAUCAGCCUCCACUUCAACCUAUAGAGGAGGGCCGUUGCCAGAUACCGCUUCCAACACCAGUGCGCUCACCUUCACCUGUUGAGAGUACAGCAUUGUGAGGGGCAGUUCUCUAUUGCCUGAAUCCGAUACAGUAUUCUAACUCUGUGUUUAAGUGGUGCAUUUUUUCCCUGCCGUAAAGUGGCUGCUGUUUCUCAGCAAAGUCAUGAAAGCUUUAAAGUAUAAUAUUAAAUUCU